AUGGCUAGUGCAUGGGAUCACGAGAGAGACAAGCAGUUGCUUGUGGCCAUAUUGGCCGUCCAUGCUCCGCUGGACUUUGCCGCGAUUGCUCAAGCGAUGGGACAGGGCGACAGCACUGCUGCCGUGAGACAGCAUGUCUACACCCUGAAAGCCCGCCAUGAAGGAAUCUCUGCCAAAUCUCCUACCAAGGACAAGACCGACAAACCUACUGGCCGUGGCCGCAAGGCUGCCAAAUCCACCACCAAGCGCAAGAGUUCCUCGUUCACCAAGUCUGAAAAGGAUUCCACUGUCGAGGGUCAGGGUGGAAAUAGGGACGAUUCCAACCCCAGUCCCACUAAGCAGCGCAAGAUCUAA